AAAACGAACCCAACGAAUUCAGUUGUUUUCAGUUCUACCAAAUUUUAAAAGAGAAAAUGUUUUCAACGCUGGCUAUUGGAUUCGUACUGAUAUGUGCCAUUCACGGUGCCCCUCAGCCGAAAGUGGAUGAAAGAAUGACAUUGGAUGUAUAUUAUGAAUCGCUUUGCCCGGACAGCCGCAAUUUCCUUGUGACGCAGUUGAAUCCAAACUGGCCAACUCUUUCCACUUUCACCGAUUUAAGAUUGGUUCCGUUCGGAAAGGCUACAUUUGUUUCGAAUGCGGAAGGCGGAUGGAAUUUUGAAUGCCAACAUGGGCCAGCGGAAUGUACGGGUAACAUUCUCCACGCGUGCGGGAUCAAGUACAGCCCUUCAGUUACUCAGGCUUUGAAUUUCACUACUUGCCUUAUGGAUGCACCUACUGCUGGUCCAUCGUGCGCUGAAUCGGCUGGCUUGGAUUACACGCCGAUCGAUGCUUGCCAAAAUAGCGUUGAGGGACAAAAUUUAGUUCACGAUUACGGUGUAGAAACCUUGAACCUUGAUCCAACAUUGUCUUUUGUUCCGUGGUUGAUCUACAACAAGGUGUGGAAUGAAUCGAAUCAGUGGGAAAGUCUCACCAACUUGACGGGAGUUGCUUGUAAUAACGCUCCCGCUAAUACCCUGGCUUGUUUGGUUUAGCUACCCGCAUAUUCAUUACGUCAUCCCCUACUAUGAGCCAAUUUGUUACUUAAGAUUAUAGAAAAAAAUCCCCCCAUGCGUCAACAAUAUGGAAAUUUUUUUCUAUCUAAUUCUU